AUGCCGCCGUCGCUGACAGUCCACCACCUCCGCGUGUCCCAGUCCGAACGCAUAGUUUGGCUGUGCGAAGAGCUCCAGAUCCCAUACACGCUCAAAUGCUACGACCGGUCACCUCUUCUGGCGCCACCGGCGCUCGCGUCCCUGACACCCAUGCAGAGCGCGCCCGUGAUAACCGACACGACGCCGGCCACGGGCGAGGAAUUCAACAUGACCGAAUCGGGCGCGAUAGCGGAAUACAUUCUAUCCGUGUACGGUGGUGGUGGUGGUGGCGGUGGUGGUGAUGAUAGUGGCGGCGCUGGAGCCGGGACCAACAAUCUCAGUCUGACUCCCACCCACCGAGACUUCCACUCCUACCUGUUCUGGUUCCACUUCGCGAACGGCACCCUCAUGCCCGCACUGGGUCGGAGAAUGUUUGUGCGUCUCGCGGACCCGACCCUGACGAGUGAUGCGGCGCACGCGUGGGCCGAGGCUGCCCUCGCCAAAGCGCUGACGGCCAUGGACGACCGUCUCGCGGCCACGGGCGCCUGGUUGGCCGGGGCCGACUUCACGGCCGCGGACGUCAUGAACGUGUUCUGCGUCACGACCAUGCGCGCCUACUCGCCCGUCGAUCUGGCGAGGUACCCGGACAUCCUCGCCUGGUUGGGCCGCGUGGGCCGCAGGGAGGCGUACCGCGUCGCCAUGGACAAGGGGGACCCAGGCGUGGACUGGAAACGAGGAAUGAGCGCGGAGGGGCACGAGGUGCAUGGAGCGUGGAAGGAGGUGCUGAGGCGAGCCGGUGCUGUGGAGGUGAGAAAGGAGCAGAACCUGUAA